AAUCGCCGACGUGAGUCACGUUUGAAACGAUACGCUGGCUGGGAACAUCUUAAUGAACCACCGCAUGUUUUUGUCAUAGCCUUUGAUAAAGAUCUGAAAAGUUGUGAACUAAAAUUGAACGCAGGCGUUCAAGCAAUAACAGCAAUCAUCAAUAAAGCAUCCACAGAUUUCAAAGACUCAAAAGAGAAUCCUUGA